AUGUCAGAGGAAAAGAUUAACACAACUUCGAAAGGCUCGACUAAUUUAAAAGAGUCAAAUAAUCCCAAAUUUUUUCUUAAGGCACCUUUAAAUGUGUUUGCGCAACCUCAUUUCAGGACAAAACCAAACACGACACGCAUGCCUUUUAAAGGAAUUCAAGAAAACGCAAUUAAUAAAUCAAGUUCUCAGCAAAUUGGCGCGUCCUCUGAUUCAACCAUACCAUCAUUUGCAAAAUUCUUCUCCGUAAAAUCUAUCGUUUCUAAAACGAAUCCAGAAGAAAUUAUUGUCGAAAAUAAUGAAGAAAGGGACACCAAAACUUCAACACUUAACGAAGAACCUCAGAAUGUAGGAUCUCAAAUUACGGAGUUAAUUUCUAGGACGUCGCCCGCUGAUGUUCAAGAAUCAGAAUUUUCUGCGCCUAACACAGAUCGAGAAGAAAAGACACUUCAAGAUGAUGACGUACAGUCGAAUUCGCUAACUUUAAAUCCACAGAGUGACGCUGUCCCACCACCUGCUGAAGAUGGUCAGAUCGUCGUCACCUCUAACAAUUUACUCGAUCCACUGAAUGUUGAUGAUAAGUCACGGCCGCAGCAUGGUAAUUGUACAUCCGCGGUAGGAAGCCCCAAUGAGUGUUUGAGUGUAUCUAAAAAAACGGGAAUCGCGAAAGACGAAAGAGACGAUGACGAAUUGUAUAUGGUCAUAGAUGCAGUACAUAGGUGGAAGAAUGGAGUGGAAAGAAGAGAUUCUCUUAUCAAAAAGCUGAAAGAUAAUCUUAAUACCUUAAAUGAGACUGUGGAGCAUCAGAAUAAUUCUUUGAACACCUAUCGAGAGCGUAUUUUUAUCUUGGAAUCGCUUAUUAAACAUCAACAAGAUAACACCGAACGGAAUCGCGAAAAGAUUGAAGGUAUCAAAACAAAGUACCUUUCAUAUCGAGACACGUUUUCAAGUAUAAGAAAGUAUAUGGAAGAAAUUCGAGAAGGGAAGAAUAAAAUUGAAAACGAAAUAGAUUCGUUAAGACUUGAAUUUAACAUACUUGUUACAAAACAUCAAUCUGCAUCCGAAAAUCAUAUUUCGAACUCUCAAUCACAACAAGCACAAAUCGCGCAAGCCACUGAAUUGAAUACUAAACUCAUUGAUGCCAAUACGCAACUUAGUAAUGUUAUCACACAAUUACGUCAAGUUAUACAAGAUUCUGAGAACAAAGCAACACAAUACGCGUUGGAGUCUGAAACCGCUCGUACAAAAUUGGAGAACCUCGCGAAAGAAAAGGAAGCUCAAGUUGAAGAAUGCGAGAAGCUUAAAACAUCAUUAGAGUGUGCCGACGAAAAGUGCCGAACCUUAACACUCCUUCAAAAAGAGAAUGAAGAAAAACUUAUGAACCUAAUGAAGAAUUAUCAAGAGGUUGAACAAAAUUUAAAAUCUUUGAUUACAGAAAAAGACAAAAGGAUAUCUCAAUUAUCAAAGACGGAAGAAAAGUAUGAACACCUUCAGCUGGAACAUAAUCAAGAAAAGACUAAUUCGAGAAAGGAGCUCGAUUCCCUUCAAAAAGAAUUAGAUGCUAUUCGCACGCAGCAAAUGUUUGAACGACAAAGAUCCGAAUAUGAACUCCGUGAUCUACGACAUCAAUUACAGACAGAAUUUUAUAGAGAGCGUUGUCAACUAGAAAAUGAAUGGCGUAAUGAGCGUAGUCAAUUGGAAUCCGAUAGUCGUGAAGAACGUGUUCAACGCUUACGUUUAGAGUCUGAACUUCGAGAUGAACGUUCCGAACGAUUUCGCUUCGAAACCGAUUUACAUAAUUCUAAUAAGAAAUUAAGUGAAAUAACAUUGCUUCAUGAUAAUGAAAAAUCAAAAAUCUCCCAAUUGGAAUCUAAAUUAAAUGAAUUAGAGAAUCGGCGCUUAGAUCGAACAACUGUUGCCGUUGGAACAUCGGAUAUCCCAGAUUUAGACCUUCAAUUAAAGUACAUCAAAACCAUAAUGGAUUUUGAACAAGAAAACCGCGAUAACAAGAAGAAAUUUGAAGAAUUGGAUGUAACUCUGGAAGCAUGGAGGUCUAAAGCAGCUUCACUUGAAUUACAAUUGGAUUCUCUUACAACAAAGCAUGGUGAUUUGCAAAAUGAACACAACAAAGUUGUGAAGGACAUGAGAACUGACAAUCUUCGGCAUAAUGAAAUAGUUGAUAAGCUUAAUCCCAAAGUGAUAGAAUUGACGGAAGAGAUUGAAACCUUAAGAUCUGAAAUUCUUCGCUUGGAAGCUAACGAAAAAUCCAUUCUUCAAAAACUUCACUCACAAAGGGGUUACAAACCGUACAACAAUCCACUUCCUGGAGAUAUGUCUGAGGUUAAUUCCGACCAGGUAGUAAUGUUGAGUGAAGCGACGUUGAAUUCAAAGUCCUCUAGAGAGGAACAUGUGUCUCCUAAUAUCAAUUUUACUCGGUUGGAAGAGUCUAAGGGUGAUGAUCAAUUGCAUCUAUUAACUUUGACCGAAAUUGAUUCGAUGAUCUUGGAUCAAGUUUCAAGCAAUAAUCCAAUAAUAACGCAGGAACAGGAUUUGAGCAUUAAUGACUUGUCGUUGGUAAAAGGUUCCGACAAUCACCAGUCACAAGAACCCAGUAACGAUCAAUUGAAGGUUGAUAAGCAUCAAGCCGCUGAAAGUGCUCUGGAGAAAGUGAAGCCUUCGGAAGUUGAAACUCGCCCUCGGGACGAUUCCAAUUCAGAGCACCUAAACGAUUGGUUAUCUCCAAGUAAUCAAGCUCGAUCAAAAAGACGCAAGAUGAAUAAGACAGAUAAUCCAAAUAAUUCUCAAUAUACUUUACGAUCUUCUGUUCCACCCAAUAACACCACACAAAACACUAUCAAUACACGCAACCGUUUCAAGGGCAAAUUAAAAUCACGCUACUAG